AUGACCGUCUGCUCCAUCGACAUGGACGGCAUGCCCUUCAACGCCGAUCUAUACGACGUGCUCAAGCAAGGAGACUUGAAGGCACUCAUAGGGAAAAACGGAGCCAAUAUUGACUGUCUAUCUCUACCUGCACAACUUCUCCUCGUGCUGGCUACCAUCGCCACCAGCCCGAAGAAAGUCAUGAUUCAUCUUUAG